AUUGGAGCUGGAGCAAUGACUGAAUUGGGACCUUUCCGAGUUAAUAGAGAUGGAAGCACCCUCUGGCUUAAUCCAUAUGCCUGGAACACUGUGGCAAAUGUACUUUUCCUGGAAUCUCCGGCCGGUGUUGGAUUUUCUUACUCAAACACAUCGUCUGAUUACAUUACCGGAGACACAAAAACUGCUGCAGAUUCUUAUACAUUUCUGGUCAAUUGGUUAGAAAGAUUCCCAGAGUACAAAACCAGAGAUUUCUUGAUAACUGGAGAAAGUUAUGCUGGCCAUUACGUGCCUCAACUUGCUCAAUUGAUCCUCCAUAAUAACAAGAUAACUAACCAAACUGUUAUUAACUUGAAAGGAGUUGCUAUUGGUAACGGAUACUACGAUAUUGAAGCACAAAACAGUGGAACUUAUGAUUAUUACUGGACACAUGCCCUAAUAUCCGAUGAAAUCCAUCAGGGUAUAGUUUCCAAUUGCAAUUUUUCCUCAGCAGAUCCACCUUCAAAUGCUUGUCAAACAUACAAAAUCCAAGCAUCUUCAGCAAAAGGCAAUAUCGAUGAUUACAAUAUUUAUGCUCCCUUGUGUUCUUCUUCUUCAAAUACUCCUUCUUCGAUUAAUGAGUAUGAUCCAUGCUCAGAUAAUUAUGUUUACACUUACCUAAAUACUCCUGCCGUUCAAAAAGCACUUCAAGCUAAUACAACCGGAAUCCCUGGACCUUGGGAGAUCUGCAAUGGCUACAUAGGCUCUCAUUGGGAUGAUGAGCCAGACACAGUGUUACCUGUCAUCAAGGAGCUCACUUCAAGUGGCAUUAGCGUUUGGCUGUACAGUGGAGACACAGAUAGUGUAUGUUCUGUGACAACAACUAGGUACGGCUUGAACAAACUCGGGUUAUCGGUGAAAACUCCUUGGUAUGCUUGGUACACUCAAGGCGAGGUUGGUGGUUAUGCAGUGGAAUAUGAAAACUUGACCUUUGUGACAGUAAGGGGAGCUGGACAUUUUGUUCCGAGUUAUCAGCCUGCCCGGGCGCUAACUUUGUUCUCAUCCUUCUUGGAUGGAAAGCUUCCACCUUCCAACUAG